UACCCCUGAUCUCUGGGACAAGUGCACACAUAGGUGUGACAGUUACUUGUCAUUUCCUUCAAACUGCUGGCCAGGUUGGAAUGACGCAUGAUGACAUCAGAGGCUUCCGACCUUCCUGAUUGGAAGGACCAGACUCCGUGGCGCUCGGCAACAGUAGUAGACAAUAGCAUCUCGCCAGAGCUUCUCUCCACUGCCAGUUGCCCCGCAGCUUGGAGAAGGGACGACCACUCGUGUUUAGCCCAAGUCCAGAACAAGAGUUGGGACAAAGCAGAGUCUAGGCUUCGAGGAAGGGAAGAGUUUGGGAGACAUCAUGGACAAUCGUCCACCGAGUUCCCAGGCUGAGGACGAGACCUGCCAGCCCAGCUCCUCAGGGUACCCCCUGGAGGUGACUGUCUAUGAAGAAAUCCCAGGACCGUCAGGUGAGGGAGCUGGCACGAGAAGGAAUUUCAGAGGCUUGACCGGUAAGGAGGAAUGGGUACACAAGUCGGGAAAGAGCCCCCGCAAAAGAAGGUCAGCGGUCUGUGAGACUGGAAAGCACGGGGGUGCUUCAGGGGGGAGGCAGAGUCGGGGUGGGGUUGGGUGGUCACCAGUGGCUGAAUUCCCAAGACGAGAGCGUCAUACUGUAGUCUCUUCUCCUUCGUCAGCCCCCUGGGCCGGUUGCACCUCCCCGCCUCAGCGCCCCGGCGGGAAGAGGAAGAGGUCAGUGGCGUUCAGAGCGGAGGUGGAGGGCGACCCGGCCGCUGAGGCCCAGGACACCUGGGUCGUGGAGUGGCUGAUUGGGCUCAAGAUGAAGCUGAAGCGACAGCGGGUGUCUUCAGUGCUGCCUGAGCACCACGAGGUCUUCAACAGGAUGCUCGAGGAUCCCGUCGUUAAGAAAUUCCUUGCCUGGGACAAAAGGCUGGAAGUAUCUGACAAGUAUCUCCUGUCGAUGGUGAUAGCUUAUUUUAGCCGGGCUGGGCUCUUCUCCUGGCAAUUCCAGAGAAUCCAUUUCUUCAUAGCUCUCUAUGUGGCCAGCGACAUGGAAGAGGACAACCAGGCCCCCAAACAAGCCAUCUUUUCGUUCCUCUAUGGAAAGAACCGCUCCCAGCGUCCCUUGUUCCACAAACUGCGUUCCCAGUUCAUCCGUUCCAUGGGCUGGAAGACGAGGGUCACUCGGGAAGAGUGCGAGCAGAUCCAGGCUUUUGAUCCAGAGCUCUGGGUGUGGGGAAGAGAUCGCACCCUCUUGCCCCAGGGGCCCCAGGAGCACUCAGGCCUCCUGUCAACGGUCUGCGCAAAGAUCACAGAGCCCAGGAGAGAUGAGGAUGUUCAACACGAGGGCACUCCAGACAGUGAUGACAGCUGUGAGGAAGGAAGGGAGAAAGCCUCUUGUGCAGAUAAUCGCGAAGAACCCAGCAUCUUCUAG